AAAUGGGUGAACAGAGAGAUAUCAAAUUUUGACUACCUCAUUCAAAUAAAUACAAUGGCAGGACGAACCUAUAAUGACCUUGCGCAGUAUCCUGUGUUUCCCUGGAUUUUACAAGAUUAUAUGUCAGAAGAGUUGGACCUUAAUAACCCAUCUGUAUUUCGAGAUCUUUCCAAACCAAUUGGGGUAGUUAAUGAUAAAAAUGCCAAAGCCAUGCGAGAAAAAUAUGAAAAUUUUGAGGAUCCCAUGGGAACUAUUGAUAAAUUUCAUUAUGGUACUCACUAUUCAAAUUCUGCUGGGGUUAUGCACUAUCUUAUUCGUACAGAACCAUUCACCACCCUCCACAUCCAGCUUCAGAGUGGAAGGUUUGACUGUGCAGAUCGACAGUUCCAUUCCAUCCCUGCCACAUGGCAGGCUCUCAUGGACAACCCAUAUGAUGUGAAGGAACUUAUUCCUGAAUUCUUCUAUUUCCCAGAGUUUUUGGAAAAUCAAAAUCAAUUUAACUUGGGUUGUCUACAAGUUUCCAAAGAAGUAGUAAAUGAUGUCAUUCUCCCCAAAUGGGCUAAGUCAGCUGAAGAUUUCAUCUAUAAACAUAGGAAAGCUCUGGAGUCUGAAUAUGUUUCUGCUCAUCUUCAUGAAUGGAUAGAUCUGAUUUUUGGCUAUAAACAGAGGGGGCCAGCGGCAGUGGAAGCACUCAAUGUUUUCUAUUACUGUAGUUAUGAAGGAGCUGUGGAUCUGGAUGCCUUAACAGAUGAGAAGGAAAGAAAAGCCUUAGAAGGGAUGAUUAAUAAUUUUGGGCAGACACCUUGUCAACUGUUAAAGGAACCACAUCCUCCUAGAUUGUCAGCAGAAGAAACAGUGCAGAAGCAGACCAAAACAGACACUUCAACCCUAAACCUAUUUCAACACCUCUCUGAACUCAAGUCAUUUUUUAUAGAGGGAAUUAGUGAUGGUGUUCCACUAAUAAAGGCCAUUGUCCCCAAAAAUCAGUCUCGUUCUUUUAUGUCUCAAGGCAGUCCUGAGUUACUGAUAACAGUAAGCAUGAAUUACAUUGUUGGAACCCAUGGAUGGCUGCCUUAUGACAGAAACAUUUCUAAUUACUUUACAUUCAUCAAAGAUCAAACUGUAACAAAUCCAAAAACUCAGCGUAGUAUGAAUGGUCCUUUUGCUCCAGGGCUGGAGAUCACUUCUAAGCUAUUCAUAGUAUCACAUGAUGCGAAGUUGCUUUUCAGUGCUGGACACUGGGAUAAUAGCAUUCAAGUGAUGUCACUUACAAAAGGCAAAAUUAUUUCACACAGUAUCAGACACAUGGAUAUUGUGACUUGUUUAGCUACAGAUUACUGUGGAAUACAUUUGAUUUCUGGUUCCAGAGACACUACAUGUAUGAUAUGGCAAAUAACACAACAGGGAGGUGUUCCUGUGGGCUUAGCAUCUAAACCCUUUCAGAUUCUGUAUGGACACACCGAUGAGGUAUUGAGUGUCGGCAUCAGCACUGAACUAGACAUGGCAGUGUCAGGAUCAAGGGAUGGCACUGUGAUUAUACAUACCAUUCAGAAAGGUCAAUACAUGAGGACUUUACGGCCACCUUGUGAGAGUUCUCUGCUCCUGACUAUUCCUAAUUUGGCUAUAUCUUGGGAAGGACAUAUUGUCAUCUAUUCCAGCAUUGAAGAAAAGACCAAUCUCAAGGAUAAGAAUGCAUUACAUCUGUUUUCUGUAAAUGGCAAGCAUCUAGGGUCCCAAGUCCUGACAGAACAAGUAUCAGAUAUAUGUAUCACUGGAGAACAUAUUAUCAUGGGCAGUUUACAAGGCUUCCUGUCCAUAAGAGAUCUCCACAGUUUGAAUCUCAGCCUGAACCCAUUAGCCAUGCGAAUGCCUAUCCACUGUGUUUGUGUAACCAAAGAAUACAGCCAUAUUCUUGUAGGAUUAGAAGAUGGCAAGUUGAUUGUAGUGGGUGUUGGCAAGCCAGCUGAGAUGCGUUCAGGUCAGCUUUCUCGAAAAUUGUGGGGAUCUAGCAAGCGACUCAGCCAGAUUUCAGCUGGAGAAACUGAAUAUAAUACUCAAGAUUCCAAGUGAUUACUAUUUCCAUCUUCUGUCAUGGAUAAAUGAAACUUGAUUUACUGCUUUGUCACUUUAACCACAUCUCUCAACUAUCAGAAAUGUAUCAGGGCUUCUAUCACUGAAAAUCAUUUAGAGAUUACCAAAAUUCAGUAUGCUAUGUGUGUAUAAAGACUCAGGUUGUAUUAUUAUCCACUUUAAAAAUUUCUGGUUAACAAUGAAUCCAGUCUUAUUGACUAAUUCUUGAUCUACAUCAAGGUGGAUUUGAGAAAAUACAAUUGAAUUAGAUUUGUGGUUCAUUCCUAAAGAUCAUUAGAGCCAUUGGGGG